AUGACGCCGGGAAUGCCCACUGAAGCCAUCGGCAACUACUACGCGCUUGGCAAUAAAGACGUCGAAAAAGUUGGCUUCCUGAGAUACCUCGCGUUCUUCGCGGGUCUCCCGGCUGAACACAAACAAUACCAGCGCGACAAGUACAUCACACUAACAUCUAGCGGGGACAGUGACAUGGAAGUCUUCACAAAGGACCAGGAGAAUUAUUUUUCCCUCAUAACUGAAGAAUACGACUACGAGUCAGCGACUCACAUCUCUGAGGACCUGGCCUGGGAGCUGGCUAAGGUCAGAAUUGCAUCCAAAGAUCCCAACCGGCCAGUCCCGAAGACCAUGAAACGCCGCCUGAGUAAGCUCGACGUUUUCAAGAUCGCUCACCUCCAUAACUGCAGCGGUUUACAAUAUCUAACAUUUAACACAACUUCAACAACUUCGGUUGAUUCUUCCUCACAAGCAACUUCAACAACUUCGGUUGAUUCUUCCUCACAAGCAACUUCAACAACUUCGAUUGAUUCUUCCUCACAAGAACAACUCGGCGUUGAUACGACCAGCACAACAACUUCCAAAUAUAAAUUUACUUUCGAAAUAGACGGUUUCGAUGGCGCAAAUAAUGGUGGUGAUUUUGAUGGUGAUAAUAAUGGAGGUGAUUUUGAUGGUGCAAAUAAUGGUGGUGAUUUUGAUUACUCUUUCUCUGGUACAACAACUACCUCAAGUGCUGCUACCAAAACAACUGCUACGAGAAACGGCACUGUACUUCUCGGGAAUCUCGAUGCACAAAGGUUGUGCCCUAGAACUACACCAGGGCCGAGGUGGGUUGAGCCCUACAACUACACCAGGGCUGAGGUGGGUUGUGUCCUACAACUACACCAGGGCUGA